AUGAACAGAUCAAGGCACAUGGGUAAGAUUCGGCGCCGACUGGAAGAAGUCAAAAAUUCCUCCUUCCGACUAGCAAAACUGGAUUUUAAUCAUAAUGAAAGUGUGCGUCUGGCCACGGAUGCCCUCUUAGAUGGCGGGGUUCAGUCCUACUUCAAGGCUUUGGAAGAAGAAGGAGAAGUUGAUUUCCUGUCAUCCGUGGAAACUCAAUAUAUCGAGAAAAAUGCAAGGGAGCCAUACUAUUCUAAUGAGACUCAUGCGGAUGGAGAAACGGGACCCAGACAGAAUAAUGACACCAGGUCCCUCCCGUCGGGAACUUACUUCCCACUGGUAUCUGAGGCUAGCGAACCAGCCCUUCUCCACACAUGGAACGUGGCUAAAAAGCCCUACUUGGAAGAGAAGUCAAGUGCUACUGUGUAUUUCCAAACAGAGAAAAACAGUAAUAUUCGGGACCUGAUACGACGCUGCAUCAACAAGACCUCCCAGGUACUGGCCAUAUUGAUGGAUGUCUUCACCGAUGCUGAGAUAUUCUGUGAUGUCUUAGAAGCAGCCAACAAGCGAAGGGUGUUUGUCUAUCUGCUGCUUGACCACUGCCACCUAAAGCUCUUCUUGGAAAUGUGUGACAAGCUGAAAGUUGCUGAAGAGCACUUCAAGAACAUUUCUGUGCGAACCGUUACGGGGGAAAUUUACUGUGCCAAAUCAGGUCGGAAGUUCUCCGGUCAAAUCCAAGAAAAAUUCAUCAUCUCAGACUGGAGAUAUGUUCUCUCUGGGUCCUACAGUUUCACCUGGUUGUGUGGCCAGGUCCAUCGGAACAUCCUCUGCAAGUUAACUGGCCAAGUGGUGGAGCUUUUUGAUGAAGAAUUCCGGCACCUCUAUGCCUUGUCCAAGCCUGUGGCAGGGCUGAGACCUCCAUCACACACCUCGCCCUUCUGGCUCAACAAAAGCACGGCAGCCACCCAAGGCAGCGUGAGCAACAGCAGUAACCGAGGAAGCAUCCGGACCCCAUCAGACCCCUUCAGCUCUCUGUCAAACAACAGUGCGUCACCAAACAGGCAGCCUCCAAGGACUCCUCUUUCUAACAGCCACCCCAUGUCACCCUCCCCUCUCCAGAGGGUCCACUCUUUCCAUGGGUACACUACCUACAUGACCAGUCCACCUCCACCAAAUGGUAUCCAGGUCAACUACUACCAGCGGCAGUACAUCAAGGAUUCACCCGCCGUUCUGUACAACAACAUUAACAUUUACAGGCCUAUGAGAAGGAGACAAGAGGACUUCAACAGGGCACAGAUGAAUCCAGUCUGGAGAUGUCUUCAGAAAGCCAACCUGAUCGGAUGAUUGCGUCGAGGCUGCAAGAAUUCAAAAUCCAAGGAUGAGGAGAAAUCCUAAA